AAUUCAUCACUUUUUAUGAUACCGCCUUUACCAAGAUUUCGCACAUAGACGAGACUUUUCUUUAUCCGGGAUUGUCUACAGAAAAAUAUAAAGUUUCUCAACAUGGAUUUGACACACGAUCUUGUUAUAGUACAAGGCAUACUACUAGGAAUAGUAAGAAAGACUGGAGAAUUUACCAAAAUUAAUCACAAAGGAGGAAAUGAAGAUAAAAUUUUAACUAUAGUAAUGGAAAUGGAAGCAUGUUUGUCUUCCAAGAAUUACAUUAGGGAUAAUAAGAUCAAUGAGGAGUACUUAAAAAAUGUUGAGGACAUAGUUUUAUUUUUCAUUUUAAACACUAAAUUCAACAAUGAUUUUCAUUUAGAAAAAUAUGCUCAUUUAAUAAACAUCAUGCCACAAUUAUCCAAAUGUGUCUUGGUACAUAUUGUGUAUGGUUUGGAUUUAUGUAAAGCUUUGGCCAAUGUUUUGAUAAAUUUGCCAGUAAAAAUUACAGUUGAAAUAAUAGAACAAAUACUAAUGUGUUUAAAUAAAUCUGAUCCUAAAGUUCAACUAACUUACUCAACAAUGUUUCUAAACUCCACUGUGGAUAUUUUGUCUUCAAAUAGUCUCACCAAAAUGGAUGAAGAUUAUAUAGAACAAUUGAACAAAUUAACAUAUACAAUGAUGGUAAAUUUAACUGGUCUUCCUCCAGAUAAAAUCCAAAAUUGGAAAAGGAGUGACAUCCAUGAGCACAUGGGUAACAGUUUAUUGAACUUAUUCAAUCUAUUGUCAAAGUGCAACAGAAAUAAUGCUUUACAAGAAAAGUUUAUUAAGAAUAUCUUGUCAACUUGUUGUUCACUUAUAGGCAACAUUACACUUGAUGUUUUUGUUACAUGGGCAGAGGUAAAAUUGGAGGAACAAAGUCUACAAGAAGCAAUCUCAACAAAAGCAUACCUAAUAAUAGAAGAUUUCAACAAGUACAAACCUGCUUCUCAAAUGGUCAGCAUGUUAGGAACAAUGGCAAGAAAGCCAAAAUCAUUGAGUGAGCAAAUAUUUGAGGCUGACAUUGAAACAAUUAUCAAAAAAAUUAACAAACAAGAUGCAGAUCAAGAGAGAUGGUAUAAAGCCCUUUUGAACAGACAUUUUGUCAAAAACAAGGAUGCAAUUGAGUGUGUGAACACUUGGGCCCAUUUGUGUAAGGAGGAUGAUGUAAUUCGUUUGUUGAAUUUGACCACCCUUUCGGACGAAUCGGAUAUUAACAAGAUAGCCAUCAAAUGUAUUGCUUUUUUGGAUACCCAAAAGCUAAUCUUUGUCGCCGUACGACACUUUUAUCAGAAUGGCUUUAAAAAAAAUUUAAAUGACAAUGUGCACCAGCAAUUGGUGAUUUUGUUUAACAAGUUGGGAGGUGAUGGUGACGGUGACGGAUUUAUGAAAGAUGUCGUUUUACUGCUUAUGCAAAAUCCAAAGGCUGUGCUGAAGUUCAUAUAUGAGGAAUGUGUGAAGAACAUUUAUUAUACUACCUCACUGAAGGACUUAUUUGCUUCAAUUAAGGAGUUGGCACAAAUUGAAAACAUUGGUUUAAAUAUAUUUCAUGAAAUAUUAAAGGAAUAUAAGCCAUCUUCACAAAAUCUCCCACAGUAUAUUCAACUCUUAAAUACAUUGUUAGAAAUUAAAUAUUUCUCGAAUAUUACUGUAAUUAAUAAAAUUAUAUUAUCACUUAUCAAUGAGGAAGCACAAGGAAAUAUGAGUGAUUUCAAUGUAAAUUUGCAACUGUGCAGUGCUCUAAAGUUAAAAGUUGAAGUUCAUGAGAACUCAAAGGAAUUCAUUGUAACUCUGCUGAAUAUUAUGAACAGCCAGAGGUGUACGUUUUUGGAAUUUGACAAUAUAAAACAGGAUAAUGUAAAAAAUGUUGUUAACAUAAUAAAGAACCAAUGUGAUGUUUCAACUGAUGGAUAUGAAGUUCACACCAAAAGUGAAGAUAUUUUUGUUAAGUUUUAUGAAGAUUAUUUAAAUUAUAAAUUAGGUAUACAAACUAUUUUAAAUUACCUCUUUGAAACCUUUGAUACAGAUAAUAAUUCAGAAUGUGUAACCAAACUAAUACAGGUUUUACCCAAAUGUGUGACUUCUGAGUGGCUUGAAAUUGCAAAAGAAAUUGACAUCAAAUCAGGUCCUUGCAACACAAUUGAACUGUUAAGUGACGUCCUCAUUCUGUUAUGUCAUCUAGUUAAAAGCCAAGAAGGUGGACAUGAAGAUCUUUUAAAUCCAAUUCACAGUGCCUUAAAGCACUGCAUUCAUAAUUAUGGACAGGUGCUUCAACAUAUUAUGCAAAGACAGUCUGACUUGGAAAUCGACGUUUGUGUAGCCAAAAAUAUAUGCAGAGCCUUGGAAAAAUUUCCAGAUAAGUUCAAAUCAGAAGAUGGCUUGUCACUUAUCAAUAUCAUCAAUGAGUCGGCGUUAAAAUCUUUGGUAAACAAUGAGGACUUUGUAAAGCAAAUGUUGGCCAUUAAACACACUCAGAUCUGCCAAACUUUAUCUCAAAAAAUGAUUCAGAAGAAAUGAAAAUCAUUGUUAUUUUUUUGAACUUGUAUUAUCAACUAAAUGGUAAUAAACAUUUCUUACAAAAUUAUAA